UGUAAAUCAAGCAGUUACACCUACUAACAUCAAACUUGUUCACUGAAAUCUACCUUGACAACCUCUUCUUUCUCCCAAUUCGUAAACGUUCAACCUUCCCCGAGAUUCCUUGCAGUCGUCAAUAUGAAGGUCUUUGCUUUCCUAUCCGCUACUCUGCCGUUGAUGGUUCUCGCUGCUCCUACGACCGACCACCCGGAGUGGCCCUCGAACAAUGCUGUUCGCCCCGGCGAGACCCCAAAUGCCGAAUCCGAAAACAAGGAGUUUAUGUACUGGCGUCGUGGGGAGAACCACCCAGAGUGGCCCUCGAACAAUGCUGUUCGCCCCGGCGAGACCCCAAAUGCCGAAUCCGAAAACAAGGAGUUUAUGUACUGGCGUCGUGGGGAGAACCACCCGGAGUGGCCCUCAAACAAUGCUGUUCGCCCCGGCGAGACCCCAAAUGCCGAAUCUGAAAACAAGGAGUUCCUCUACUGGCGUCGUGGAGAGAACCACCCAGAGUGGCCCUCGAACAAUGCUGUCCGUCCCGGCGAGACCCCAAAUGCCGAAUCUGAAAACAAGGAGUUCCUCUACUGGCGUCGUGGGGAGAACCACCCAGAGUGGCCCUCGAACAAUGCUGUUCGCCCCGGCGAGACCCCAAAUGCCGAAUCCGAAAACAAGGAGUUUAUGUACUGGCGUCGUGGGGAGAACCACCCGGAGUGGCCCUCAAACAAUGCUGUUCGCCCCGGCGAGACCCCAAACGCCGAAUCUGAAAACAAGGAGUUUCUUUACUGGUAAAUCGGUACAGCCUACAAUGGCGGGCUGGAAAGCCUUGUAAUUGUUCCGCUGUAAUGGCGGGAUCAUAUUCUAGGGAAAAGAGACAUAUGAUGGUGGUAUGCAAUCCUGAGGCAACAGUUUUUGCACGAAGAAAUGAGGCUUUCCCACGAAUUUAUUUGAGUUUGGUUGAUUCAAUUGGUUUAUCACUCCAUAGUCGCUCGUUAUAUUUAGGUAUCUAUAAUAUUACAAUGGAGUUAAAG